GUGCAGCUCCCGCAGUUCCCCCCUCUCUCUCUCUCUCUCUCUCCUGCGCUGGGGCUGGUGUGUUGAUAUAUUUAUUUAUCUGUGUGUGUGUAUGGUGUAGUUUCGCCGGAUGUGGUGUUCCGAUCCGCGACAAGGAUUCCAGCGCCAGGGAUGGUGCAUCUGCUGGGAAUACUCCUACUACUGCUGAUACUGCCGAGUACUCCAGGUUUGAGAUGUCUGAACGGUGUAAAUCCUUGUGGCAACGGAGGGAGUUGCCAAUCACUCAGUAACGGAACCGCAACUUGUCUCUGCGUGCCACCCUACAUCGGUGACCUGUGCCAGUUUGUGGACCCCUGCUCCGGCAACCGGUGUCUGCACGGCGCCGCCUGUCACACCCGCGCCCGCAACGGCUCUCUCUCCGCCUUCUGCUCCUGCCCUCCCGGCUACGCGGGCCGGCGGUGCGAGAGGAGCGCGGUGAACCGCGCCUGCCUGACCAACCCGUGCCUGAACCGGGGGACCUGUGAGCCGGCCUCUGCCUCCCAGUACCGAUGCCGGUGUCUGCAUGGCUGGACCGGGCGUCAUUGCCAGUUGGCAGAUAUGUGCAGUGCCAACCCCUGCACCAACGGUGGGAGUUGUACCAGUACUGAGGGGCACUUUACCUGCCGCUGCCCCCCAGGCUUUGAGGGUCAGGUCUGUGAGAUCGAUGUGGACGAGUGUAGCUCGGGGGAUGCCAGACCCUGCCAGAAUGGAGCCAGCUGUGUCAAUGUGCCCGGCUCGUACAGCUGCACGUGUCCUCCUGGAUUCACCGGCGCCAACUGUGAGCUCCCCUCUGCCACCUGCUACCCAACAUCCUGCCAUAACGGAGGAACGUGCCUCACCCGUCCCGGAGAGAUGUACCACUGCGCCUGUCUCCCAGCCUACACCGGUCGGUUUUGUGAGGUGAAUGUCGAUGACUGUGAGGACCACCAGUGUCAGAACGGGGGCUCCUGUGUGGACCGAGUCAGCGGCUACGAUUGUCAAUGUCCCUCCACCUGGACUGGCCGGUACUGCACCGACGACGUGGACGAGUGCCAGCUGCAGCCCGAGCUGUGCCAGAACGGGGGCACCUGCACCAACCUGGACGGGGGCUACAGCUGCAUCUGUGUCAAUGGCUGGUCCGGCUGGGACUGCGGAGAGAACAUCAAUGACUGCACCGAGAGCUCCUGUGCGCACGGUGCCACCUGCCAUGACAAGGUGGCAAACUUUGUGUGUGAGUGCCCGCCGGGGAAAAAAGGUCUGUUCUGUCAACUGGACGACCCAUGCAUCAAUAACCCAUGCCACGCUAACGCGGUCUGCGAGAUGAACCCCCUGACAGGAGAGGCCAUGUGUGAGUGCCCGCUUGGAUUCACUGGGCAGUCAUGCAAGCACGACAUUAACGAGUGCUCGAUGGAUGUUAAUCCUUGUGAGCUGAAUGGGCACUGUGUGAACACCGUGGGGUCCUUCGAGUGUCACUGCCUGGCAGGAUACACGGGCGCCCGAUGUGAGCUGGACAUCAACGAGUGCCGGUCGAACCCGUGCCGGAAUGAAGCCACGUGCCUGGACCAGAUCGGCGAGUUCAAGUGCAUCUGUAUGGCAGGUUACGAAGGCCUGUUCUGUGAGAUCAACACCGAUGAAUGCCAAAGCAAUCCCUGCCUGAACCACGGUGCUUGCCAGGAUCUGGUGAAUGGCGUGCGGUGCCUGUGCGCCCCAGGGUUCACUGGGCAGCGGUGUAGCGUCGACAUUGACGAGUGCUCCAGCUCACCUUGCGCCAACGGAGGGAAGUGUCUCGAUGGCCCUGGGCACUACCACUGUGAGUGUCCCGAAGGAUUCACGGGCCCACUCUGUCAGAUGGAUAUUGAUGAGUGUUCCCAAAGCCCGUGCCACGCUGGGACCUGCUGGGAUGGCGUGGCCGGCUUCACCUGUGUCUGCGUUCCCGGGUACACAGGGGGGCUGUGCGACACGGAGAUGGACGAGUGUCUGAGCAAGCCAUGCCAAAACGGUGGGCAAUGCACUGACCUGGUGAACGGCUAUCGGUGCGCCUGCCCACCGGGCAUCACAGGGCCUGUUUGUGAGAUUGUCAUUGAUGAUUGCGUGGGUAAUCUCUGCCACUCUGGACAAUGCAAAGAUGAUAUCAACAGUUACAUCUGUGUGUGUGACCCUGGCUUCACAGGAUCUCGGUGCGACGUUGACAUCGAUGAGUGUGUCUCCAGUCCCUGUUAUAAUGGUGGUACCUGCCAGGACGGGGUGAAUGGGUUCACCUGUGUGUGCCCCGAGGGAUAUUCUGAUGCUCAGUGUUUGUCCAGGCUGGAGCAUUGCCAGAGCAAUCCGUGUGCACAGGGGACCUGCCUCAACCACGACAGUAGGUUUAUCUGCGUUUGCCAGGCUGGCUGGACAGGACCCACGUGCCAGGAGGAGGUGAAUGAAUGUGAGUCGGUGCCCUGCGGUCACGGAGGGACAUGUGUCCACCAAGACCACGGCUACAGCUGCCUCUGCCCGACCGGUUUCACAGGUCAGCAGUGUGAGGACAAUCAGGACGACUGCCUGUCUGAACCCUGCCUGAACAACGGCCACUGCCUGGAUGGUGUCGCCAGCUACCUCUGUCAGUGUGAGCUCCCCUACACAGGUCUACACUGUGAGACGCUCCUCGCUCCCUGUGCUCAGGACCCCUGCAGAAAUGGCAGCAGCUGUAUCGAGUCUGCAGACUACCUAUCGUUCUCUUGUGUCUGUCAGGAUGGGUGGAGAGGGCGGCUUUGUGAGGAGGACAUCAAUGAAUGUGUCUCUGACCCAUGCCAUAAUGGAGGGCAGUGCCAGAACUUCCACGGCGGAUACACUUGCCAAUGCCAACCAGGCUACAGUGGCCAGCUCUGCGAUGUGGACAACGAUGACUGCUUACCCAACCCAUGCCAAAAUGGCGGCUCCUGCGAGGACGGGGUGGACUCCUUCACCUGCUCCUGCCCUGCGGGUUUCGCCGGCAACCGUUGCCAGGACGACGUGGACGAGUGUGGCAGCGACCCGUGCCGGAACGGGGGCACGUGCGACGACUGCGUCAACGGUUACACCUGCAGCUGCCCCCUGGGGUACGAUGGCGUCCACUGUGAGAACGAUGUGCCGGACUGUACUCCGAGCUCCUGCCUGAACGGAGGCACGUGCAUCGAUCAAGUGGCCAACUUCACCUGCCAGUGCCCGGUCGGGUUCGAAGGUCACUACUGCCAACAGGAAGUCAACGAGUGCGACUCUCAGCCCUGCCUGAACGGAGGCACUUGCCAGGAUGGCUAUGGGACCUACAAGUGCUCCUGUGCUCAGGGCUACACAGGCGACAGCUGCCAGACUCUGAUAAACUGGUGUGCCAAGCCCGUGUGUAAGAACGAUGGACGUUGCGAGCAGGUGAAAAAUACCUUCCACUGCGUGUGCAAGAUGGGCUGGUCGGGUCUUUACUGUGACGUUCCCAAGGUGUCCUGCGAGGUUGCAGCCGCGCGCCGAGGUGUGGAUGUCACAUGGCUGUGCCAACAUGGUGGGCAAUGUGUCGAUGCGGGAAACUCCCACUACUGCCAGUGCCAGGCGGGCUUCGAGGGGAGUUACUGUGAGACGGAGACGGACGAGUGCCAUCCUGACCCCUGCCAGAACGGAGCCACCUGCCGGGAUCUGGUGGCCAAGUAUUCCUGCCAGUGUAUGCCGGGUUUCUCCGGGACAAACUGCUCCGAGGAGAUCGAUGAGUGUCAGUCCCAGCCCUGUCACAACGGUGGGAGCUGCAUCGAUCUGAUUGACAGCUUUAAAUGUUCCUGUCCGUACGGUACCCAGGGGGUACAGUGUGAGCUGGAUGUGGAUGACUGUUCCCUGGGGUUAGCGGACCCCCAGCCGCGGUGUUACCACGGUGGACGGUGUGUGGACAGGGUUGGGGGAUACUCGUGUCAGUGUCCGGCCGGCUACGUGGGCGACCGCUGUGAGGGAGACGUCAACGAGUGUCUGUCAAACCCAUGCCAGGCGGCGGGCACACGGUCCUGUGUCCAGCUGGUCAAUGCCUACCGCUGUGAGUGCCAGCCUGGAUAUACAGGCCCACGGUGUGAAUCGCUGGUUGACCACUGUGCGAGUGGGCCGUGCCUGAACGGAGGCAGCUGUGUCCUCACCCUCAACACGCCGUUCGGAUUCCUGUGCCGAUGCCCCGCAAAUUCCAGUGGAGGCCGGUGUGAGAUCGCCAGCUCCUGUGGGAUCCUGCCAUGCCGGAACGGUGGGCUCUGUGUCUCGGGACGCUGCGUCUGUCCGCCCGGCUACGGGGGUCCGGACUGCUCGGCUGCGGAAGGCUGCACCCAGGAGGGGGACCCCGACUGUCGGAGCAGGGGAAGGCCACCCUGCCUGAGGGAGGAGGAGGCCGGAUCCCGGGAGGUUCCCUCACGCUGCUCCCGCCCUCCCGGGGAGGGGGACGGCCAGGGGGUCAGCGGCUGCCCCUCCCGGCGAUGCCAGGACCUGGCGGGAGACGGGACGUGCGACGCGGACUGCGACGGGCCGUCCUGCGGCUGGGAUGGGGGUGACUGCCCUGGGGACCCCUGGUGGAGGUGCACCCAACGCCAUCACUGCCGUCACCGCUUCCGGGACGGCGCCUGCGACCGGGAGUGCGACACUGCCCACUGCCAGUUCGACGGCUUCGACUGCCUGAGCCAGCCCAGGCCCUGCAACCCUGCGUAUGGGACCUACUGUCAGCACCACUACAAUGACGGGCACUGUGACCGGGGCUGCAGCACAGCUGGCUGUGGCUGGGACGGCACAGACUGCCAGCGGCCAGAGGAGGAGAGGGGGCAGGAGGAGGAGGUGGGAGGAGGGAGCUUCGCCGGCGGCACCCUGGUGCUGGUGACCGGCCUGAGUCCCGGGGAGCUGCGCGCCUCCCUCUCCAGCUUCCUGUGGAGUCUGGGCCUGGCCCUGCACUCUGCCGUGAGGGUGAGGAAGUCACCGGGGGGUGGCGACAUGAUCUACCCCUACCGAGGGCACCGGGACCUGGACGCGCUGGUGCUGCUGGUCUACAACGUCAGCGGCACCCAGGGGAACCGCCGGCACGUCAGGGAGCUCAGCCGUGCCAACACCGAGGAGGAUGACGAGGGGGAGGAGGAAGGGGGACCCGAGGCCAUUGGGUGCAUCGUCUUCGUGGAGAUCAGCGCCCAGGCCUGCCUGGCCACCUACACCUCCUGCCUCUCCACCGUCCUCGACGCCGCUCUGUUCGUGGCGGCGCUGGCAUCGUCGGGGAACGGCAGCGCCGCCUUCCCCUUCCCGCUGCGGGCUGUGGGCGUGACGGCCGAGAAAGGUGCCAAGCCGGUCUCGUUUCCCUGGAAGCUGACCGGAAUCUCGCUCGCCGUCCUCUUCGCGGCCGCUGUCGGAAUCUCGGUGGGUCUCCACGUCGCCCGGAGACAGAGGCGGAAGCGCGCCCCCCUCUGGCUGCCCCCGGGCUUCACCCCGCGUAAGGAGCCCAGGAACUACAAGAGGAGGGAGCCGGUGGGAGAAGACGCCAUUGGCAUGAAGAUCCUGAACCAGGAAACUGACUGUGAGGAUGAAGAAGACAAUCAAAACUCCUUAGCAGACCAUCCACCCAGCCACAGGAAAUCCAAGUCUGAGGUGAUUCCAAUCCUGCCUGAUAACCGGAAGUGGACCCAGAAACACAUCAAGGCUGUUGUCAAUGUUCCUCAGUCUGUAGCACUUACCCCACCCCAGGAUAACACAGAGUGCAUGGAUGUUGAUGCUAGAGGUCCAGACGGAGUGACCCCGCUGAUGGUGGCAGUGCGAGCAGCCGGAGACCCGGACUCGGGGUUGGGCGAGCUGGAGGCCCAGGACGGUUUGGCGAGUGUUAUCUCGGACCUGAUUGGCCAGGGGGCGAGCCUGCAGCCGCAGACGGAUGUGACCGGGGAGACGGCGCUGCACCUAGCCGCCCGGUUCUGUCGGGCAGACGCUGCCAAGUGCAUGUUGGACAUGGGCGCAGACACCAACGCUCAGGACAGAUCGGGCCGUACCCCCUUGCACACCGCCGUGGCGGCUGACGCACAGGGAGUCUUCCAGAUCCUCUUGCGUAACAGGUUGACAGACGUGGACGCGCGGAUGCACGAUGGGACGACACCGCUAAUCCUGGCAGCUAGACUCGGCAUCGAUAACGUGGCAGAGGAGCUCAUCAACUGCAACGCAGACGUCAACGCGACGGACAAUCACGGUAAAUCCGCUCUGCACUGGGCUGCUGCUGUCAACAACGUGGACACCGUCAGGGUGCUCCUGCGAAAUGGGGCCAACAAAGACCUGCAAGACCACAAGGAGGAGACCCCUCUGUUUCUCGCUGCCCGGGAGGGGAGUUACGACACGGUGAGGUUGUUGUUGGAGGACCAGGCGAACCGGGAUCUUCCUGACCACCUGAGCUGCCUCCCCGUGGAGGUGGCUGCCGAGCGUCAACACCACGACAUCGUCGAGCUGCUGGGGGAGCGGUGUGGGCCCAGAAGCCUGGACCAGGCCUCGGGCCUGACUCCCUCCGCCUUCCCCCCUCCCCCGGAGCCUGACCCUCGCCCCUCUCAGCCCCAGGCCCCCAGGAAGAAGGCGGGUCGGCAUUACUCCCCUCGGGGGCACGCCCUUGUGCCCCCUCACCCCCCCCAGAUCGAUCUGAACCACUCCCUGUACGUGCCUCCGCCCUCCUGCUACAGGGCGCCUUGCCCUUUCCCAGGCCCGGGCGCCCCUCGCCGUUUCCUGCUGGGUCUCCCUGAUUCCCAGGCCUGGAGGCCCAGCCCACCCUGGGCUGGCUGCGGAGUGACCGAGGGACCCGGUCCCCCCUCCACUGCCAGCCCCUACCCUACCCCUCCAUCCCAGCAUGGAUACCCGUCCCCUCCUGACCCCGAGCCUCCAGCUCAGGCUCUUCAGGGUGGCCCGGGGAGACACCCAUUCCUCACCCCCUCCCCCGAGUCUCCCCCCGAGGCCUGGUGCAGCUCCUCACCCCCUCCCCACACCGAGCUCCCCACCUGGCCCGAGGGACUCAUCAGCCCCGCCUCUUAGAGACAGGCAGGAGCCGCCCGGUUCACACUCACACACACCCACACACACCCACACCCACACACUUACUCACACACUCCCACACCCACACACUCACUCACACACUCCCACACCCACACACACCCACACCCACACACUCACUCACACACUCCCACACCCACACCCACACACUCACUCACACACUCCCACACCCACACACUCACUCACACACUCCCACACCCACACACACCCACACCCACACCCUCACUCACACACUCCCACACCCACACACUCACUCACACACUCCCACACCCACACACACCCACACCCACACACUCACUCACACACUCCCACACCCACACCCACACACUCACUCACACACUCCCACACCCACACACUCACUCACACACUCCCACACCCACACACACCCACACCCACACCCUCACUCACACACUCCCACACCCACACACUCACUCACACACUCCCACACCCACACACACCCACACCCACACACUCACUCACACACUCCCACACCCACACCCACACACUCACUCACACACUCCCACACCCACACACUCACUCACACACUCCCACACCCACACACACCCACACCCACACACUCACUCACACACUCCCACACCCACACAUUCACUCACACACUCCCACACCCACACACACCCACACCCACACACUCACUCACACACUCCCACACCCACACCCACACACUCACUCACACACUCCCACACCCACACACUCACUCACACACUCCCACACCCACACACACCCACACCCACACACUCACUCACACACUCCCACACCCACACACUCACUCACACACUCCCACACCCACACACACCCACACCCACACACUCACUCACACACUCCCACACCCACACCCACACACUCACUCACACACUCCCACACCCACACACUCACUCACACACUCCCACACCCACACACACCCACACCCACACACUCACUCACACACUCCCACACCCACACAUUCACUCACACACUCCCACACCCACACACACCCACACACUCACUCACACACUCCCACACCCACACCCACACACUCACUCACACACUCCCACACCCACACACUCACUCACACACUCCCACACCCACACACACCCACACCCACACACUCACUCACACACUCCCACACCCACACACUCACUCACACACUCCCACACCCACACA